AUGAACAAAAAAGAAGAUUAUGACUUAUUAGUGAUUAACAAUCUAAAAUCUCAAAAAUUCAAUGUAGAAUUUUCGGGAAAUUUUUCUAAAUUCUCUACUAUUAAAGUUACUGUUAAAGCCCCCUUUGAUAAAUUUGUUUAUUAUCUCAUUAUCUGGCAUGAAGUGAUUUCUGAUAAAAAUGGUUAUCUGGCACUAUGUAAUACAUUAGAAACUCAAGCUCAAGGAGUUCAACUGCAAAGAUGUGCAAUUGUUACCAACUCUAAAACCUCUAAUGCUGAAAUGCAAUCAUAUGCUGCGAGUACUAAAAAAAUUCUCAGAAAACCUAAUUACAAUGAACGUACAAUUACACAUUUUUUAAAAGAAGAAUUUUUCAAUAUUUACAUAAGAGAUAAUUAA